CAUAAACCACAUGCCCCACGAGCCGCCCGCUUAAAAGGCUGUGCCGAGCGCUGGCCAGCGAAGCUCGGCCCGGGGAAAGUGAAAGUUUGCCCGGUCCUCUCUGUGCUGCAGCCCAGCUCUCUGCAAUCCGGGACAGCAGCACGGCUUUCGGCCUGGGCGCGGACUUUGCAACAGCCAGCGAGAGAGGAAGAGAUUAGGGUGUCCGAAGCGCCCGGCCGGCACCCAGCUGCCCAUAUGACCGCGCGAGGCGCCACCGGCCGCUGCCCUUCCAUGGCAUGGCUGUGCCCCUGGCUGCUGCUGGUGUUACCCCUGGUGAGCAGGAGUAUUGCCGAGGAGAUAUCAGAGCACUGCAGCCACAUGAUUGGGAAUGGACAUCUGCAGGCCCUGCAGCACCUAAUUGACAGUCAGAUGGAGACUUCGUGCCACAUUACCUUUGAGUUUGCAGAUGAGGAGCAGUUGAAAGACCCUGUGUGCUAUCUUAAGAAGGCAUUUCUCCUGGUGGACGACAUAAUGGAGGACACCAUGCGCUUCAGAGAUGAAACUCCUAAUGCCAAGGCCAUCAUCCAGCUGCAGACACUGUCUGUGAGACUGAAGAGCUGCUUCACCAAGGAUUAUGAAAAGCAGGAUAAGGCCUGUGUCCGAACUUUUUAUGAGACUCCCCUCCAGUUGAUGGAAAAGAUCAAGAAUGUCUUCAAUGAAACAAAAAAUCUCCUUGAAGAGGACUGGAAGAUUUUCACCAAGAACUGCAGUGACAGUUUUGCUAAGUGCUCCAGCCCAGAUGUGGUGACCAAGCCUGAUUGCAACUGCCUGUACCCCAAAGCCACCCCUAGCAGUGACCUGGCCUCUGUCUCCCCUCACCAGCCCUUCAUCCCCUCCAAGGUCCCUAAGACUGGCUUGACUUGGGCUGAUUCUGAGGGGACAGAGGGCAGGUCCCUCUUGCCCAACAAGCAGCUCCUUCACACAGUGGACCCAGGCACUGCAAAACAUCGACCACCCAGGAGCACCUGCCAGAGCCUCGAGUCACCAGAGACACCAGGCCUCGAGGACAGACCUACUGGAGGUUCACCACAGCCUCAUCCUUCUGCCAGGACCCCCGGCUCUGGGGUGAAAGGCAUUCUUGACUCUGGACUGGACACUGCCUGGGCCUUGGAAGAGGCCUCUGGUGAGGCUAGUGAGGGUCCCGUACCUCAAGGGGCAGAGUUUUCCCUCUCCAGGCCAGAAGAGGGCAGCAUCCAGGUACAACAGGCCAUACCCAACAACCUCCUCUCGGCAUCUUCUAUGCUCCCAACAACCGAGGACCAACAGCCACCCUUGCCUGAGGUGGACCCUGUGAGAUCCACUGGCCAGGCCAAGCAUGAUGUUCUUGAGAAGACAGACCAUGCAUCUCUCCUGCCCACAGAGGGUGAGGAGACAGGCUCUACCCAGACCUCGUCACUUCGACCCCAAGGCCUCAGCAAUCCUGCCACCCUUUCUGCUCAGCCACAGCUUCCUGGAAGCCACUCCUGGGGAAUUGUGCUGCCCCUUAGAGAGCUGGAGGGCAAGAGGAUCACCAGGAACCGGAGGAGCCCUGCAGAGCUGGAAGGAGGACAAGCGAGCAAGGGGGUAGCCAGGCCCCUGGCCUCUUUUAACUCCGUUCCUUUGACUGACACAGGCCAUGAGAGGCAGUCUGAGAGAACCCUCAACCCCCAGCUCCCUGGGUUCGUCUUCUACCUGCUGGUGUCCAGCGUCAUCCUGGUCUUGCUGGCCGUUGGUGGCCUGCUGUUCUACAGGCGGAGGCGGAGGAAUCAUCAAGAGCCUCUGACAGUGGAUUCUCUCAUAAGGCUCCCAGACAGCAGCUCCAUGAUCCCGGAUGAGGACAGACAGGCGGAACUGCCAGUAUAGAGGAAAUCCUAAGCUGAGCACACAGGACUGUCUCUCCAUGGGAGAAGAUGAUGGGGCUGUCCGCCACUACCCUCCCCAGCUCUUCUGGAAAUGUGGCCUUUCUACCACCUGAGCACCUGCCUGCCAGGACUGGACCAGAGCAGCCAGGCUGGAGUUCCUACGACUUGACACUCAGACUUUCAACCGACUGAGAGAGGGCCAGACGACGCCCUGCACACUGCCACUAUUUAUUGUGGGCCCUGGAGGCUCCGUGAGCUUGAGGAAGGCUAGCGAGCUGGCUCAGGACCUUCUCUCUCAGGGUCUGCACCCUCUGCUUCUUCCUCUCCAUGCCAGCACUUGGGUCAGGAGUCCACUCACCUGUGGCACGUGGGAGACAAGAGUGGGUGCUGAGGAGCCACCUGUUGCCAAGAGAUGUCAUCUUUGACGCAGAGGGACCUGUCUCCAGAGAGGCGUCUUUGAUCAGGGUGGGGCAGAAUCAGCCUGAUUUCCUAUAAAGACGAGCAGCCCCAAAGAUAGGAAAAAAUGAGGCCUCUGGCUGUGUGCACUAACAGCUUGAAAGGAUCUACACCCUCUACUCACCUGAGUGCCCUCCACUGGUGGCCAGGUGGCAAGAGGAGGCCAGCUCUGCCCUCAGGACCUGCCUACCCUGACUCAUGAUGCCAAGAGGAAGACCUAGCUCUGGCCUGUACACCUCCUUCCCUCCAGCCCCUGCCAGAGCUUCUCCUGGAGGCUGGGCAGAAGCUCCCCUCAUGAAGGAAGCCAUUGCACUGUGAAAAUUGAACUUGCCUGCUGAACAGCCUGCCCCAUCCAUCCCCAUGAGUAAGCAUCCGUCCAAACAUCCCCGACCUCUCCAGCCUCUCCCCAGCUUCCUGCACUGAGCUGGCCUCACCUGUCAACUGAGGGAGCCCCUAAGCCCUAACUUUCUCUUGACCCAGCCUUUGACUCCUCGGGUGGAGCAGGUGUAAUAACUACCCAGGCCACCAGCCAAAGCUGGUCUUUAGGCUGUGUGUUCACCUAGAUUUCUGCAUCUUGCACUUUGACAUUCCCAAGUGGGAAGUGACUAGUGGGAGGGAGAGAAAGGGGAGGCCAUGGAGGCAGACAGGUACAGGGAAAGCUCUGACUGAGAGCGAUUUGGAAGUAUGGAUAUGCCUCUGAGCCUGGGGAGACAUCUGCACCCCAACCCCUCAGUCCAGUCUACUUUGUCUGCUGCCAGCAGACACCUGCAGCUAAACAGAUUUUUCCCAUCAGGAGCCCUGGAGCUGGGCUGCACUCCAGCCCCACCUGCAUGGCCCCAGCUCUCCUUCUCUUUUGGUCCUUCUUUUUCCUGACCCCUUUCAGCAAUGACACCCUCCAACUCUAACCCCAUGCCCACCGUCCUGGGCCAAGCAAGCCAGAGCUGGAGAGGAACUAGACCAGGCACCUGCCUCCAACUCUACUCUGAGGACUUCUGCUUCCUGGACUGGCCCUUGCCAUGGCUCUGAGACCUGGGCAGCAGAUGACAGGGCUGUCACUUGACCCUCAGUCCCUUUAUGCUGCUGUGUCCCUCCUCUUCUGCCAUCCUGGGCCCUCCACUGAGAGAUCCUGCCCUCCCUGGUUGUGACCUUCUCUCCCUGCCAGAGAGUGAGGGUCUGCUGGCCCACUGCCCCAUCCUGAUGAUGACAGCUGAGGGAAGGGCAGCUGAGAACUUUCUUAUGGGGCUCAUCCUUCUAGUCACAGACUCCAUAUUCCAUGCUAGAAAACAUGUAUUUUAAAAUGGAAGGAUAGAAAACAGAUAAAAAGAUAUUCCCCCAUACCCAUCAGUUUCAAACAUAUAUUAUUUAAAAAAUCAAAACAGCAAAUUCAACCCAUUGCAGAAGCUCUCUGUGGGCACUUGGUGACACCAUAGUGGAAGAUGCUCCUCUGGGUGCCCCCGUUUUGGCUACCUGCACAGGAUCCCUUACUUCCCUCUGAGAAAGCCCAGAGGGAACAUUGGCUCACGAACUGUGAGAGUGUGUUUUUAUACUUGGAAGUGGUGAAUUAUUUUAUAUAAGGUCAUUUAAAUAUCUAUUUAAAAAAUAGGAAGCUGCUUAUAUAUUUAAUAAUAAAAGAAGUGCACAAGCUGCCA